AUGGGGGCUCUCAGAACCGUCGGUUUGGUGAUCCUGGCGAUCUCGGUAUUCACGUUUGUUGCGUUAUUUGGCAGGCUGCCGGCUUUCCGGAAAACUCCCGUUGCAUUCUUUCAUCGGGUACUGUGGGUGUACUUUCCUAAUGGGAUUGCUGUUGUCGACAAUCACUUGUUCGGCGGGAGAGUAGUACGAUGCUGGAAUCGAUCUGGCAGUUAUAUUUUGAAGGAAAAUCAUCCGUUCGUGCUCAUCUUCUUUGUCUCCUUGCUGGCCAUUGGAGAAGCUGUAUUUGUCCCGGCCGCAUGGCCUCGACUAUCAAGCUUGCAUCAAUUCUGGGUACUAGUGGCUAUUAUACUGCCAUAUUUCCUACUCUUUAAGUGUGUGAUGACGAAGUCAUUUAUCACACCGGAGAAUCACGGGGAAGAGAUGAGACGAUACCCCUACGACCGAGUUCUUUUUCACCCAGGUCACCGUUGUAGCACGUGUGAUUUCCUCAAGCCAGCACGCAGCAAGCAUUGCAGCUUCUGCCAGGCGUGUGUCUCUCGGCAUGAUCAUCACUGUGUGUGGUUGAUGAAUUGCGUUGGGGCCAACAACUGCGUGUACUUCAUCUCGCUUUUGAUCUCGCUCUCUGGUAUGUUGGUUUACGGCAACUAUCUAGGGCAUUCCCUACUUUAUGACCUCCUGAAGCAACGGGUCCCGUUGGAGAUACAGGAGUCCAUGCAGGGCUGGACAGCUUGGAUCAACACAUGGAGCGCUGUGAUCGCUGCUCAUCCUAGAAUAGGGACAGUCUUCUUGCUGAUGCUUAUGACUGCGCCGCUGGCAAUUUCUUUCAUGGUGUACCAUGCUUACCUUAUCUGGGCUGGAAUGACGACGAACGAGACCGCCAAAUGGUCUGAUUGGAAGGAGGAUGUGGAAGAUGGCUUUGUCUUCAAGACUAGACAGAGUCUCAUAUUUGACGGCCCAAUUCCUAUUGAUCCCUAUGAUCAACUGUGGCCUGUACGUACUGAUCAAAUUCUUGUCACUGAUGAGAAUCCUCCGACUGAGGGAUGUCUGUUGUCAUCCAAUUCCAAUUGCAUCGCUCGUCGCCCUGGAAGCGACCUGCCACCUGACCCUCGGUGGAAGCGGCUGCACAGCAUGAGGGAUAUCGACAACAUCUACGACCUAGGCUUAUGGUAUAAUCUUCGGGACGUGAUAGGACUAUCUGUCCGUCGAUCGAAGGACAUAUCCAAGAAACGCGAGGAUGUUGAUUUGGGCUUGGUUUCUCUUUGCACCAUGGCAGAACCAAAGCCAUUAUGCACACCAGCCGAGCUUAUGCUCAAGGUGAUCCUUGCAGGUACCUUGAGCCAUUACGAAGUUCGGGGCAUGAUCGAUGACAAACGCCUGGAGCACAUGCUUGCCGCUGGAAAGCAGAUCCUGUACAAGACACACCAGGAGAGCGAUGUUCGUCAUAAUCUCGGCAUGUCGUCGGAUAUCUGGCAAGGUCUCACCAACGUCCUCACAAAAGCGAUCCCAGUCCUCGAGUCCCAAUCCUUCGCCUGGAAAAGCCCCGCAGCAUCCUAUGAACACUCCUCCGCCAAUUUGAUCGCAUACAAUUAUUUCUCAUUGGUCAAGGAUAUCGAGCGCCUCAAUGACUUGUGUACGAUUGCCCGCAAUCUUCUGGCUACAACCAAGAAGGCGCAAAACCUUGCGGCGGAAACAGGUUUCGAUCAAAGAAUUCUAGCACUUAUCGACACUUGCGUUCGGGUCACAGCUCGGGGAUUUGAUGGCGAGCAAAAUGCGCGAAACGAGGAGCGAUGGCAGAAGGUUGUCAACCUCUACAAGCGCCUGUUGAUUACGUGCCUGCAGUACCUCCACAACUUCAUCAUGCACAACGAACAUCGCAAGAUGGUGCUUUGGUUGGAUCUGUUUGGUUACCAUUCGACUGCUGAUACGAACAUCAUCAAGCCGAAGGAGCCCUUGGACGAUGCCAGCUCACGAGAAGGAGUGGCGCCUAUCGUGCAAGUCGGAGAGCGUGUCAUCAACCCCCCGAUCCGCGCGCUCUACGACCAAACUGCGGAAGAUCUACUUCUCGAAACAAUUGCCAAAUUCCCGCGGGAGCCGGCAACUAUCAAGGAAGAGGCUGCUAUGCUGCUUCUGGCUAACAUCAAGGAUCACAUGGAGAAGAUCCUUGGGCGAGAUCUCAGUGAGAUUCAGGAGAUGGGUAGAGACCCAGAACAGGUCCAGGAAAUCCGUACUGCUUUGACCAAGAUCCUUGGAGCCAAGGUUGAUGGUUGGUCUGAUCUUCAGGGCCGGGCUCGUGAGGUCCCAGCUGUGCUUCCGGAAGAACAGCAUGAGGAGCACGAAGAUCAACAGGACGAAGCGCAUGUCAGCCACGAUGAGCACGAACAGGAAGAGGAAGAAGAACACGAGGUGGCCAAGAAGAAGACCAUUUUGACUAUCGACCGCAGUCUCACGGCUGGCUUCCCUCGCCUUUGCUGGGCUGAUUUGCCCGAAAUUAAUGACUUCGGUGCUGUGGAUGGCCCUGUUACGGACGAAGAUACAAGCAUGCCCCGCUCGGCUCAGUCGGCCGCCGAAACUCUCCAGGAGGCCAAGGACGAACUUAUGGCUCGACUUCAAGAGCCAUCGCACAUUGAUGGCGACGAAGAUCACGAUUAUGAUCACGGAGACGCACACACAGUCGGCGACGAUGACUCACGCAGCCUAGAGGCCAUGGCCGACGGAAGUGUUGAUGGAGAUGGGGAGGAUGAUGUGGAUGAUGAUGGAGUUGACGGGGACGCCGAUGACGAUGAAGAAGAGGAUGAUGAAUAUCGUGGCCGUCCUGGUGAUCAGCAGCGGGGCCUUCUAACAGACAUUCCUCUGGUCCUCGGACCCGCCGAAAUCGAAGCACUGCCAAUGAUUGUUCAAGCCGGUAUUGUCGACAGCUUUGGUCUCAAAGGUGGCGAGCGGAACGGAUCUAGGAACAUGCAAGCUCUUCGUUGCCACAUUCUGCUCACGCAGGAGACAGGACGCAAUUUGCUUCGUGAACUAUUGAUAUUCAUUGCGGCGUGGGAUCUUCCCGACGAUGAGCUCUACUUCAAGAUGAUGGUUCAGAUUAUGGAGGCCGUCCUCAAGAACGGCCUUAUGUCUCAUGCCUACUCGGACUUUGGACAGCCUAAGGACAUCAUUUCUCCAGCACAGGCUGUGGUGAUCAAGAUUCUUACCCACAUCUUCCGCGCCAAGUACUCCCCUGCUUCAGUGACGGGCUCCGCCCAACCCAACAUUCCCCGUAGCCCAAGCUCACUCAACCGAGUCGAUAUCCUCACCGUCCGAUACAUCUUCACCAUCUUCCGCGGCAACAUCAUCCCCGAGACUUGUGCUCUGAUCUACCUCCAAGGCCAAAUUCGGGCCGAGCGGGCUCUCUCGGAGGACUUCCCCCUAAAUCUGUGGGACAUGGAACGGGUGUACGAGGGUGUUUACCAGUUCUUGGAGUUCUUCGCCGUGUUGACCGAGAACAAUGACUGGAAGAACCUACUAGUCAAAUGGGAGAUUGUCUACGACCUCGUGACAUUGAUCAAGGAGCUGGAAGCAAGCAUCCCCAAGGGCCAACUGAGCCAAUUAUCCUUCGCCCCCGUUGCUGUCGAGCGUCCCUACGACCCCACCGACGCCGACCCCAUCGACACCGGUGCCGGCAGCGUCGACUCCCGUCCCGAAUCCCCACCUAUCACCGAGGAUCCCUCGGAAUUCGAAUGGCGCAAUCUCAAGAAACUGGUUGUACUCGUCCUAUCCUCGCUCGUCUGGAAAUGCCCCGAUGUACAAGAGCAGAUCCGUCGCUAUGGCGGUGUCGAGGCGAUUCUCUGCUGCACUGCUUUCGACGCGCACAAUCCAUACAUCAAGGAACAUGCCGUGAUGUGUCUUAAGUUCCUGCUAGAGGGUAACCGCGAAAACCAGCGUCUUGUUGAGGAACUCGAAGCUCGCGAGGUCGUCAGUAAUGACGGCGGUGUGCUGGAGAGGAGUGGCUAUGAAGCGAUGAUCAACCAGGCCGGCAAGUUGGCCAUUCGGUCCAAGGCUCGGGCUGAGGAAAUCUUAUGA